UGACGUGCGCAAUGCGCGUCAAAUGUUUACAUGUUACGUUCGGCGCAAUGUUUUGUUGUAUUUAAAUAAAUCAGUCAAUGUAUUGUUCCUUUUUAUAACAAGUUAUAAUUUGAAUUAUAGAAAAUGUACCUAUCGGAUUUAAAAAAUCUUGUAUCAAGCUUAGCAGUCAUUACUACGAUAUUACAAUUUUUAUCCGGCAUUCUCGUUUGCAAAAAAUAUGUAGUUAAUGGUACAACAUCGGAAUCAUCGCCGCUACCAUUCAUAUGCGGUUUUAUAUCAUCCGGUCUUUGGCUAUUGUAUGGAUUAACAAAACAGGACAAUAAAAUAAUUUUAGUUAAUACUGUUGGUAUAGUACUAAUGGUCUCAUAUGUAAUAGUAUUUUAUAUUUACACUUUCAAGAAAACCACAGUAUUAAGGCAAUUUUUACUGUCAAUUACAAUAUAUGCCUUCACAAUUGGCUAUAUGACUGUGGAGGAAGAUAAUGAAGUUCUUCUGAAUAGAUUAGGGUUAUCAGCGUGUUCUCUUACUUUGUUAACAAUUGCUGCGCCAAUGAUCAAGCUGUUUUAUGUCAUUAAGACAAAAUGUACAGAUUGUCUCCCUUUUCCAAUGAUAUUCAUGUCAUUAAUUGUGUCAAGUCUUUGGUUUGUUUAUGGUAUAAUAGAAGAAGAUAUAUAUCUAUCGGUACCAAAUUUUAUUGGUGGUGCUUUAGCUUUGGCGCAGCUGUCACUGUUUGUGAUAUAUCCUAGUAUUCCAUCUUCACCUCUUAUAUCUAAGACAACUUUAGCUUAAUUAAAAAAAAAGAAGAAUCAAGGUAAAUAGUAUUUUUCAAUAACUUUUAGUAAAUGUAAUUAUUUAUUAAUACAUGCUUAAAUUUAACAUAUGACAAGAGUUUCAAGUUUUCAAAAUGAAUCUCAAGCUAAAUAUAUUUCUGGAGUCAUUUUGUUGACAAAUGUUAGAAAAAAAAUGCAAAUAAAUAAAUAUUUUUUCUUUGAAUAAAUAUGUAUUAUACAAAAUAGAAAUCAAUAUGAGGAUUUAUGCAUAAGUUAAAAUAUUAUAAUUGUUUUCUUAAAUGAAUCUAUUAAGCUAAUAUGUAUUUGUUUUUAUGUACAUGAUAAUUUCCCAUUAUUAUAUAGGAAUUAGUGACCAACUGAAGGUUGAUUUUUGGCCAAAGCCCACAUCGAAUAAACGGCUCUCGCCACAACAUUCGGCUGAUACCGAAGGUUUAAUAACCCUAAGAAAUUCAGUUCAACAUUUAGCUAAAAGUAAAUGAACUAUUAUUUUUUAAGUUUAUGACAUUUUUUUCUGUAAUAAAUUUAACGAAAUGAUUAAAAUUACCUUGCAUUUUGUUAAAAAUUAUAACACUUCACUAAGUUUCAGUUUCAAAUGAACUCUUUCUAAACUUUGGUCAAUCUCAGCUCAGUUUUGGAAAAUUGAGACACUAAUAGACAUUCGGCCAAACUUACGGCUUUGGCCAAAAUCGAAAGGUUUCGGUUGCACACUAAUAAGUUUAAAUUUUUAAAGACAGUCAUAUUCACUGAAAGUUCAAAUAAUAGUAUUAACAGUAUGCUUUCUAUUCAGUAAGAUAAAUUAGUCAUUGAUUUGGUCUCGUAUAUGUAUAAGAUUAAUUAUAUAAAAGCAACUAUACCUUAAACCCAUAGUCAUAGAGAAUGGACAGAGCUUCUGACAAGCUGACUAGUCAAGACAUUAAAAAAGCGUGUAAGAGACUAUGGUCUACUAUCAGUACAGUAAGUGUGUAGGUACUAUAUACUUUAUAUUGUUGCGUUCCGGUUGGAAAUGUGAGGGUGCCAGUCUAACUACAGGCACAAUGUCAUAAUAUCUUUGUUCCCAAGUUCGCUUCAGGUAACUUUGCGGCUCUGUAGUCAAAAUUAUACGACGUCAACAUUCAGACGACUCUGUCUUAUGCACUCGUUUAUCGUCGGCGCGAUCUAAGCUGGCCGGGCUGAUGUUCGGGCUCUAAAACAGUCACGAAAGGUUAUACCUAUGUAUGCUUCCGACGCUUGUAUCCUGUGCGAUUAUUACAGAAUAGUCUUAUUUAUUCUUUGAAAUGUGUUAUUUUUUAAAGGAAGGCUGUCUUUUUUAUCAAAAAUAAAAUUUCUUAUGUAAUUAAGGUAUGAGUUAUUGUCUAAUUUAUCAAAAAUAUUAAUUUUUUUUCUAUACUAAUAAAUAUGUUCGAAUUUGCGUCCUUUCCUGACGCUUAAUUUCAAAGCUUUAGAGAUAUAACUAUGCUUAAACCCUAACUGAUAUUAAUUAUAACAAUAUUUGUUUGAAUGUAUUGAUAUUGUAGCAAAUAUGAUUUUUUAAGAUUGUGGAAUGUCAAAACAUAAUUUAACGUUAACCUUAUUAAUAGAACAACUUUAGUUAAUAUAAUAAUAGUUCAAAUUAUUUAUAUUUAUGUUAGUAUUUAUAUGACAUUUAAAAAAUGUUAUUGAAAAAAGAUCUAGUAUAUCUAUACAUAUUUUUAAUGUUAAUAGCAUUAAAUUAGCGAUAUCCGUAAAAUAUUUGAACAGCUGUAAAAGUAUCAAUGUUUAAAUUGGUAAAAAUAGUCAAAUUUUAUUUUGCACAAUUUAGUCAAAAGCCAUGUAUUGAAACUUCAAAUGUUUAACAUUAAAAUUGAAGAAGAAGUAUUUGAGUGUAAUUUUGAGUGAUUUCGAUUGUUUGUAACAUUUUCACGCUUCAACUAUUCAAUCAAUCAAAAGGGAAUUUUGCAUACAUACUGUCAGGGAUACGGAAAAGGACAUACAAGACCAUAGUAAUAAAUAAAAAACAGAAUAUAUUAUCUAAUGUGGUCCACAUAACAGUCCUCUUGCCAUGUUUAUUUUAGAUUUAAAUAAUUAUGGUGCUUAAGUCAUUCAUAUUUAUUAGAUAUCUGAGUAAUUUAAUUUAAUGAUUUUCUCGUCUGAUUACGGUUGUUUAUUUAAUUUUUUUACAUUUAAAUGUGUACGUAUUUAAUAUUAUGUAUUAAAAGAAUUUUAUUUUGUUGAAAAUAAAACAACUA